AUGGAAUAUGAAGAAAUAAUUUGUAGGGACAGGUUUUUUGAGCUACCAGUGAACAUAUUUAAUGUGUUCUCAUGUUCCAUGUGUUAUAAAUAUCUUUUUCCCGCGGGCAAUAACCUAACACCUCUAAUUGAGAAACCGUGGAUGCUUGUUCCCACGGAAAAUGCGCGGACACACUACUCAGAGAACUUUUCCGUAUUAGCUGACGUAAAAGACGCAAAUUAUCGUGAUGUCAUAUGCAGUUCGCUUGAACAUGACGACUGCACGCGAUGGGUUGACUGCUGCCAGGCAGCAAUACGAUGCUGUCAAAACCAGUUAAGCACCCGGCUUAGUAACGUCACUUCCGGUUUGUUCUGUCCACGAACGUGGGACGGGUUUAGUUGCUUUGAGGACGUCCUGCCCUCUACUCAAGUACAGCUGUCCUGUCCCAGCUACAUAGAACAUGGAUCUGCAUCUGCGUACGCGUACAAAGACUGUACAGAGAAUGGUACAUGGUGGGUGAACCCACUGACAGGCUCGGAAUGGACAAAUUACACCACCUGUGUAACGAAACAGGACUACCACACGGUUGUAUAUGUUGCCCUGGCGUGUAACAUCCUGAGUUUGCUUCUCCUAAUUCCAGCCUGCGCCAUCUUCCUCGGCAUCAGAGAGCUGCGUGUUCAGAGGAGGAUUAAGCUACAUAUCUGCCUUUUUCUCUCCUUCAUAUUCUCUUCUGUGAUAACGGUCACAUGGGACGGCGCUGUUUAUUUGGAUCGUCUGCAAAACGAACGGAGAAGCACGGUGAUGCAUCGAAAUUCUGCGGGCUGUAAGCUACUGUACGUACUGAUACGGUACGUUAGCACGUCAAAAUUCUUCUGGAUGUUUUCUGAGGGUCUCUAUCUCCAUCGGCUAAUCGUCCACGCCUUCUCUCCACCAAAGACACUCAUACCGUACUAUGUGUUUGGUUGGGUUGGUGCCUGUAUUCCAUCUCUGAUCUACUCUAUUGUCAGAGCUACAAAACAGGAAUAUAAUUUAAGUUGCUGGGUACACAACAUAGGCCCAUAUGAAUGGUUACUCUACACACCCAAUCUUCUUUGUAUCGGGGCAAAUGUCCUCUUUCUGGCGAAUAUAUUGAAACUACUAUGCUCGAAAUUGCAAAUACAUCCAAAUGAGCCGAGUAAUUACAGGAAAGCGUUAAAAGCGACAUUUGUAUUAGUGCCUUUGUUUGGUAUCCAACAGUUCCUUGUGAUAUACAGACCCCCGCCGGGAACCACAUUAUCAUUUGCUUAUGAGAUACUGCAAAAGGUCAUACAAAAUACACAGGGAGCAACUGUGGCGUUAAUUUUCUGCUUUUUCAACGGCGAGGUAUAUACACAUUUGACGAAGUGUAUUUCAUUUCACAUAAGCCGCGGUACGUCAUCAAACCAACGUCAUUGUAAAAACAGCAUGUUUUCUGCAACGCAAAUAACAUCAUACACAUCCGCUGCGAGACGAAGUACAAAAUUUGAUGAACAUUCUAACAAGAGUUACGUGCCACUCAGUGUUAGUAGUACCACGCAAGAAUUCACUUCACCGAUAAAUGGUCACGUGACAGUUUCUCUAUGA